CUCAGCAUUUUCAAGGUCAUCACUAGGCAAAACAAAUUUUGAUCUGUUACUGGAACAUAUUAGAACAGAAGAUGAAAGAGAUGAUGGGUGUAGUUGGAUUCAUUCUAGUGUUGUCUUCUUGUUUCUUGUCUUUGCUGGAUGCCCAACAGAUCACUCAUCCGACUGAUGUUAGUGCUCUGCAGUAUGUUCACCGUAAACUGAAGGACCCUAUGAAUCAUCUUCAAGACUGGACAAAGACGGAUCCAUGCGCUUCUAAUUGGACCGGUGUCCUCUGCAUCUCUGAUCCUUCUGAUGGCUUUCUUCAUGUUAAAGAGUUGCGGUUGCUAAACAUGAACCUCACCGGACAACUGGCACCUGAACUCGGCUUGCUAUCAAAUCUUACCAUAUUGAACUUUAUGUGGAACGAUCUCACCGGUCAGGUUCCACCAGAACUAGGAAACUUGACUCAUCUCAUCUUCUUGCUACUAAGUGGGAAUCAAUUGACAGGACCUUUGCCUCAAGAACUCGGUUCUCUUUCCAAUCUCUUAAUUCUUCAGAUAGACUACAAUGAAAUUAGUGGAGAACUUCCAACCUCCUUGGCAAAUCUGAAAAAACUGAAGCAUUUUCACAUGAACAACAACUCAAUCACGGGUCAGAUUCCGCCCGAGUACUCUUCCUUAACCGAUGUUUUGCACUUCUUAAUGGACAAUAACAAUCUAACCGGAAAUCUUCCACCGGAGCUCUCUCAGAUGCCAAGCUUAAGAAUUCUACAAUUGGAUGGUAACAACUUUGAUGACACUGAGAUACCAUCUUCUUACGGAUCGAUACCACAUCUUGUCAAACUGAGUCUCAGAAACUGCAAAUUAAAAGGACCAAUUCCUGAUUUGAGCCAAUCUCCGUUUCUCUAUUACUUAGAUAUUUCCUCCAACAAACUCACAGGAGAAAUUCCCAAGAACAAGUUCUCUGCAAACAUUACAACUAUUAACCUAUACAACAAUAUGCUCAACGGAUCCAUCCCUACAAACUUUUCAGGCCUUCCUCGGUUACAAAGACUGCAAGUGCAGGACAACAACUUGAGCGGGGAGAUUCCUGUGAUAUGGGAGGAUAGGAGCUUUAACACAACGGAGAAACUUACCUUGGACUUGAGGAACAACAAGUUUUCAAAUGUGUCAAGCGUUCUUUUAAACCCUCCUUCGAAUGUCACAGUCAAGCUUUACGGAAACCCAGUUUGUACAAAUGUAAAUGGAGGAAAGCUAGCUGAUCUAUGCGGCAUCUCAACGGUAGAAGUGGAAUCUCCUGGGACGUCUUCUUCGGAGGAGAACACAACUAAUGGAGACUCAGACUGCAAACGCCAGUCGUGUCCCUUAAGUGAAAACUACGAUUACGUGAUUGGUGCUCCAGUUGCGUGUUUCUGCGCUGCACCACUUGGCAUUGCACUUCGGCUUAGGAGUCCAAGUUUCUCUGACUUUAGACCUUACAGAGUCUCCUACAUGCUCGAUGUGGCCUCCCCAAACAAUCUCGGGAUAAAUCCUUAUCAGAUAUCUAUUGACUCAUUCUCAUGGCAAUCGGGUCCAAGGCUAGCCAUGAGCAUGAAGAUUUAUCCUGAGUACAGUGAAUUAAACAGUAAAUUCAACACUACUGAGGUUCAACGUAUUGUAGACUUCUUUGCAACUUUUACUUUGGAUACUGAUGAUUCUCUCGGCCCCUACGAGAUUAUUAAUAUCGACACUGGUGCAUACAAAGACGUUACUAUCAAAUUCCCGAAACAAUCGGGAACGAGCAAAGGCGGCAAAAUUGGAAUCGUUUUAGGAGCAAUUGCUUUCUUCCUUGUAUUGUCCUCUCUAGCUUUGAUCUUCUUUAUUAGAAGAAGCAAACAGAAGAGAAAAACUAAGGAAGUUGACAUGGAACGAGAACAUCACAUUCCCAAAUCUCCAAUGAACAUGGAGAGUGUGAAGGGUUACAAUUUCGCGGAACUUGAUUCAGCAACAAGCAGUUUCAGUGAUCUUUCUCAGAUUGGCAGAGGAGGCUAUGGGAAGGUCUACAAAGGCCAUUUACCAGGUGGACUAGUUGUAGCGGUCAAACGUGCAGAGCAAGGUUCUCUGCAAGGUCAACAAGAGUUCUUCACAGAGAUCGAGUUGCUCUCCCGUCUACAUCACCGAAACCUUGUUUCUUUGCUUGGCUACUGCGAUCAGAAAAAAGAACAGAUGUUGGUAUAUGAGUACAUGCCCAACGGUUCUCUUCAAGACGCACUCUCUGCGAGGUUCAGACAGCCACUGAGUUUUGGGCUGAGACUGGGAAUAGCACUCGGGUCUGCGAGGGGGAUUCUGUAUCUACACACAGAAGCUGACCCACCAAUCAUUCACCGAGACAUUAAACCAAGCAACAUUCUUUUAGACAGCAAGCUCAACCCUAAAGUUGCAGACUUUGGGAUCUCAAAGCUCAUAGCACUAGAUGGUGGUGGAGUGCAAAGGGAUCACGUAACUACCAUUGUCAAAGGCACCCCUGGAUAUGUGGAUCCAGAAUAUUACUUGAGCCACAGGCUAACGGAGAAGAGUGACGUAUACAGCCUCGGCAUUGUCUUUUUGGAAAUCCUAACGGGAAUGCGUCCCAUCUCACACGGAAGAAACAUCGUCCGGGAGGUGAAUGAAGCGUGCGAAGCUGGGAUGAUGAUGUCAGUGAUAGACGGCAGCAUGGGGCAGUACUCGGAGGAAUGUGUGAAGAGAUUCAUGGAACUUGCCAUCAGAUGUUGUCAGGACAACCCAGAAGCGCGUCCGACGAUGCUGGAAAUCGUGAGGGAGCUGGAGAACCUCUACGGGAUGCUUCCAAAAGAAGAUAAGCCAUUUUCAAGCCCUUCAGUUCAAUCCUCUGCUUCAGGAAUGUCAGGCUUUGCUGCUGCUUCCACAAGAGGCAGUUAUACUAACUUCUAUGACUUCACAGCUAACCAGCUCGUCAGUGGCGUCAUUCCCUCCAUCGCACCGCGCUGAUCAUAUUGUUAAAUCAAAUGUGUGCAGUUUCUUUUGGAUUUGCUUCCAUACAUAAAGUUCAAAGACAAAUCUCAGUAGUGAAGUUUUUUAUUUUACUGUAGUUUACAUAAAUAAGUCAUCAUACAAACAAGCAUUAUACAAGCGAGACUUGUAUAUAGCAUCAUGAUUUGAGGA